GUAAAUAUUUGAUAGUAGCCAGGAUGCCAUGGCUAACAAAAGCAGCCACUUCAUGGAAAAAUAGCCCCUGACUUUUGUAAUUAGAGAAGAAAUGGAUCCAGGUGCUCCCAUUCAAGAAAGAACAUCAUGUAUUUUCCUUCAGGUGACUUUCUGCAGACUUCGGACUCACCAGUGGUGUUUCAUUCUUUUUAAUGUCAUCCUAUUUCAUGCCUUGCUUUUUGGGGCUGACUUUGUGGAGGAAUACUUUCUGCAUUCUUUGCCUUAUAUAGAUAUGAAAGUUCUUGAAAUUAAGAAUAAGGCAAGAAAAUUGAACAUAGAACCCCUAAGAAGUAAUCUCUCCAAAUAUUAUGUCCUGAGCCAGUCGGAAGUAUGUAAAGGGAAGAACAUUUUUCUGCUGUCUCUUGUCUUCAGUAGCCCAGGAAAUGGAACAAGACGGGACCUCAUUAGGAAAACUUGGGGCAAUGUGACCAGUGUCCAAGGGCAUCCCAUUCUCACACUGUUUGCUUUGGGAAUGCCUGUUUCAGUGACUACCCAGAAAGAGAUCAACAAAGAGUCCCGUAAGAAUAAUGAUAUAAUUGAAGGAAUCUUCUUGGACAGUUCUGAGAACCAAACCCUGAAGAUCAUUGCAAUGAUACAGUGGGCUGUGGCUUUCUGCCCUAAUGCCCUGUUCAUUCUCAAGGUAGAUGAGGAGAUGUUUGUCAAUCUACCAAGCUUGGUAGACUAUCUUCUCAAUCUGAAAGAACCAAUAGAAGAUAUCUAUAUAGGAAGAGUUAUUCAUCAGGUUACACCCAAUAGAGAUCCUCAGAACAGAGACUUUGUCCCUCUUAGUGAGUACCCAGAAAAAUACUACCCAGAUUACUGCAGUGGCGAGGCCUUUAUAAUGUCCCAAGAUGUGGCUCGAAUGAUGUAUGUGGUUUUCAAAGAAGUACCCAUGAUGGUGCCAGCUGAUGUGUUUGUAGGAAUUUGUGCUAAGUCCGUUGGCCUUAUACCCAUCCACAGCUCAAGGUUUUCUGGGAAAAGGCACAUUAGAUACAACAGAUGUUGCUAUAAGUUCAUUUUUACAUCCUCAGAAAUUGCGGAUCCUGGAACGCCCCUGGCAUGGAAGGAAAUUAAUGAUGGAAAAGAAUGUACACUGUUUGAGACAUACUAUGGGCUCGUUUCCUGCAAACUUCUGACGUACCUUGACAGCUUUAAACAUUUUCACAUGGAGACCAUAAAAAACAAUCCCACGUAUUUUGGUGAUUAGGAUUUCUUUAAUUUUCCUUACGAGUCGAUUAUUUUAAAGUUACCGUCUACCCUAUUAUGGAAAGCAUCCCUUCUUUCUGUGUUUUAUGUAGGUUCUCUGAAUCUUUAAUUUUACUUGCAAAGGUACAAAAUGUUUUCUGUGCUCUGGUGUACUCAAUUACUGAGAUCUCAUUUUAAGAAAUUUAAGUUGGUGUAGCAUGAUUCUUUUCAAAAUAAAAUAUUUCUUUCA